UUUAUGGCAGCAGAGCAAGGCCAGAAUCAAGAUGAAGAAGAAGAAGAGGAAGAAGUGCAACCAGGAUUGUCUAACAUUAAACAAACUGUUCUGAGUUAUUUUGCACGAAACUUCUACAAUCUAAAGACUGUUCUGCUGGUAUUGGCGUUCACAAUCAACUUCCUUCUGUUAUGGUUUAGGGCUACCACCAGUAUGGAAGACGUUCCAGAUGUACCAGUUGAUAUUGCUGAGCCCGAUAUAAACACCACACUUGGCAAUGACACAUCAGGAAGCCUUGAGGAGGAGGGCGACCUACCAGAGGUCAUUGAGAUAGCGGAGGGAUAUUACUAUAUAAAUCAUAUUCUUCAAACUCUAUGUAUAAUACAUACCCUAGCAUCACUCUCAAUGUUGCUUGCAUAUUUCUUUUUGCAGAUGCCUCUUGCUAUUUUCAAAAGAGAGAAGGAAGUUGCAAGGAAGCUGGAAUUUGAUGGAAUGUGGAUAGUGGAACAGCCAUCGACAGACAUCAAAGGGCACUGGGACAAACUUGCAAUUAGUGCUCCGUCAUUCCCUGAAAACUACUGGGAUAAAUUUGUCAAGAGAAAGGUGUUGAAGAAAUAUGCAGACAGUGUCGGCGAAGAUAAAUUACGUUCAAUGCUAGGCCUUGAGGAAGACAAACCAUCAGAAGAGGAAGGGCUUUUAUCCUCACUAUUAACAGCUGUGGACUUCAAAUACCAAAUAUGGAAAUGUGGUGUCAUCUGCACAGACAAUUCUUUCCUAUAUAUUGCAGCAUAUCUUAUACUGUCGAUUCUUGGACAUUUUAACUACUUUUUCUUUGCCGCUCAUUUAUUGGACGUGGCUAUGGGGUUCAAGACACUGAGAACCGUCCUCCAAUCCGUCACCCACAAUGGCAAACAGCUUGUGUUGACUGUACUAAUGACAUGUGUUAUCAUCUACAUGUACACCGUCAUUGCUUUCAACUUCUUCCGUAAAUUUUACAAAAAUGAGGAAGGAGAUGAGGUUGAUCUGAGAUGCCAUGAUAUGCUUACAUGCUUUGUCUUCCAUUUACACACUGGUCUCCGUUCAGGAGGUGGAAUUGCUGAUGAAAUCGAACCGCCUGAUGGAGAUGAUAAUGAAAUAUUCCGUAUCAUCUUUGACAUAACGUUCUUCUUUUUCGUCAUUGUUAUUUUGCUUGCCAUUAUUCAGGGUUUAAUUAUUGAUGCUUUUGGAGAAUUGAGAGAUCAACUUGAGCAAGUAAAAAAUGACAUGGAGACAAAAUGCUUCAUCUGUGGUAUAGGUAAAGAGUAUUUUGAUAAAGUACCGCAUGGGUUCGAUGAGCACACACUGAAGGAACAUGAUUUCUCCAACUACAUGUUUUUCCUAAUGUACUUGAUUAACAAAGAUGAGACUGAGCACACAGGCCAGGAGUCAUAUGUGUGGCAGCUGUACCAGGAACGGGCUGGGAUUUCUUUCCAGUUGGUGACUGUUUCAGAAAACAAUACGAAGAUGAAGCUCAGUGAGAAGUGGUCCAAAAAAACGAAUGAUGGAUAAAAUGAAAUCAAAGAGGAGUCACGAUUGCCUCUGUAGUAGAGUUGUGUGAAACUAAAUCUUUUAUGAUUAUAAUCAUGUGAUAUGGUUUCAGAAUUUUGAGAUUUGUUGGAGUCGAUUCUUGAAGGCUACGGUUUUUCCAAUUAUCAUUUUCCUGCAAAGCCAGCUUAGUGUAAAUUGAACUACAGUGCAUUGGUUAAUUUCCAGCUUUAAUUCUGUUUUUGUACAAACGGCAAGACGGAUAUUAACACCGAUUUAGACCUGUGUUUCAAGCCAAAGAAGUGAUGUUACCGAUAAAACUGUACCAUGUGGAAAGAUAAUGAGAAAUGGGUUUUAAGUUGAAAAAAUGCCAAAAAAAAAAACUAUUGAAAUAAAUCUUCCAAAUUUAUAUUUAAAAAUACAUAAUUAAAAGGA